AUAAAAUCAAAUGAAACAGAAGGUCUUACUGGAACGAAUAAUACUGAUUGUAGACCCAUUGGUAACUGUUAUCGCAAUGGAAUAGAAGUUAAAACAGAUGGAUAUAGGCCAUUUGUUGUCAUCAAAUCUCAAAGUGGAUUUGAAGCAGAAAGAUCAAUCUGGAAGAAUGAAGGUACGAACUGGGAAAACGAUAAUGAUGGUAUUGUGGUCAAGACAUGUGAGGUGAACAGUGAUAAAGGAGAAAAG